AUGUCGGGAAGCACGGGCUUGCCCUCGCCUGACCCGUCGGUACCGCCUUCCUCGGCGCCAUCCAGACCCGAGUUCACCUUCCUCCUGAUGAGCGUCCCGCCCUCGACCGUGCUCAAUACCGAGCAGAUGGCAGAGAUCGGAUUCCAUGACCCGAAAGAACGGCCGUAUCGACGGAACCAGGUCAGCGCAACUUUCUUUCGUGCGACUACUGCGACAAGGCAGACCACAUCUGCCGUUGCCGGGCCCUCAAGACAGCUCCACGUGGACGAGGCUACUUGA